GAGCAUUGGCAUGGAUUCACCGUGCAGUCAAGCAGCAGUCUGACACAAGUCGGUGUACUGUAGUGCGUGUGCUACAACAGUGCUAUGGAUCGCUUCAGGGGAAUGCUUCUGGGCAUUGCGAAUGCCUUGCUUUGUAUCCAGCACUCUGCAUCUUUUGCCGUGCAGCAGCCUAUCCUUGCAUCAUCAUCGGUGCAGCAUCAUAUAACCACGGCAGCGGGCAGGGCUAGCGAAAGUGCCCUUGUGAUGCUGAGAUCCCGUGUUGGCCAAAGAAGGCGCGGUGGAAGCAGCAGGAAUAGAAGAGACAUCUUCAAGGGUGCAGCAGCGGUGACCACGCUUCGAAUUAGUGAGGAAGACAGAGAGAGAGACCUCAAAUUUGAACGUGAACUCGAUCGAGAUGCACAGCGGUGGAUCAACGGUGAUGCGAAGAAGCAGGAGCUCUGGAACAAGGCCAAAUCUUGGCGGAACCUCAAUAAAUUGCUUCUGGCGCGCGAGGAGGCGAUGUCGGAGCUAGAACGAGAAACCCUUAGAUACUUCCUGAAGGACGUGCAGACUGUCACGGGAUUACCUCUGGUGGAGGAAAACGAGAUCACCCCGCUGGCCUGGUGCAUCACCCUGACUAUUCAGUUAAUGCCCCUCGCUGCCAUUUACAUCAUCGUUUUCUCCAUCGCGACGGAGAACAACCCGCAGCCUGUCUUGGACGCGACGCAUCCCUUCUGGGCAUGACGCAAUGGCCCGCUACUCGACUUCACUUGCUCGAGAUGUUGGGGGAUCUGGCUGACUCCGGCACGUUGUUUUCGUUACUAUCUUUCAUGUAGUUGUUCGAUUAGGGCUGCCUGUGUGUCCGUUGUAGCCGUUGUAUUGAUUCCUGCUUUUUAUUUUUAUUUAUUUUUUCCCCAUCCCUUCGUACUUCGUGGCAAUCGUAGAGAGACAGAGGUGAACGAUUCGUCGGUCGUGGCGAAGACAUACGGCAGUAGCGGGAUUUUGGUGGAAUCGUUAUUUGCCAAUAUUUUUUGGUAAACGAAACAGCGUAUGUGGACGUGAAAAUACUGCAUGUUCACCGCUUUCGGUUGGACUGCUUCUGCAGGGAGGCGGGGAUUACGACGGUUUUGACGCGCUGAUCUGCUCGCGAGUCAGAUGAGGGUUUCGCUGAGAGUUUCGAGGUUGGGGUUGUGUAGUUUUCUCUCGUGCUCAGCCGCUUCGCUAUUUUGGCAGCGGGUGCUGUGUUGAUCGUAGUCAGGUUCUUCCGUCCGGUGAUGGUUCAUCAAUUCCUUGCGACUGUAGGCUUGGCCAAUGGGUUCGGGGCAAACGCGAACUCGUUCCGAUACAAAAAUGGAGCUAGCGCAGAAUUGACAAGGUGGCGCGGGACACUGAGUGUCCCCAAGACGAAGAUGCGACGUAUCGUCAUGAUAGCAACGAAGUGAUGUGAUGUGGGGAACCAGAAGCAUGCCGAAUUACAUGCCGUUUCUCGACGGGCCCUCGCGAGCCUCCGAAGCCCUCCCACCCCUCGAUUUUUUUCGCUGUUUCUGCAACAUUCGCACGCACUCUCCGUCAUUCUCGAACAACACCUAAUGGCCUUCACAGAGCUGCCGACAGAAUGAGCAGAAAAGGAACAAGAAGGUACUCCAUGGUUCGGGUGUGGAGAUCCGUUACCUGCAAACCUUAAAUCCAUGUUUGGGGGCAUAGGCUUGGUAUUCGAGAGGUGACGCGGCCACUGCUAAAGUGUUUGCGGGAAAAAAGACCGUAGGCGAAGUGCACCACACCAACAAUCUCGCCACCCUGAUUCUCCGGGGGCAACGCAAAAUCACGGUUGGAGAACCCGAAUGCGACCAGAACGCCGUCCCGCCAACAGACCCCGACGAAUCUACAAAAGAAGCAUCGUGCCUCGAAUCUCGCUUCAUUGCAGUGUGUGCUGGUACAAGUUGUGACAGGCACGCGACGAACCGCAACAUGCCACAUCUGCCCUUCACUCAUUCCCCCGCCCCGGCGUCGCAUUUCUUGCGUAAUCUCAUCAGAGCUCGCUGACCCGGCAGCUGGGCCACCGCCGCCAGCUUGCUCUCCACCCCCUCCCCCUCCAAAGCCGCCUUCAAUUGUAGACCACCCACC